AUCUGUGGAUCUGUGUCCUUUUACUGCUUUUGCUGAUCUUUGUUAUUGUUUAUUGUUCAAUUUUCCGUCUUUUGAAUAUCAUGAAUCUAUUAAAUUUGCUAGAGCUAUCAUCUACCAAGACGGUAGACAAUAAUUAAUGUAGUAAAUGAAAAAAAAAAUAAGAAGGGAAUCUCAUCCUCUCGAUAUCAUCAGAAAAUAAUAUGGAGAUGAAUGUGGAUCAAACUAUAGACGUCAAAUCAGGAGAGCAUUUACUUGAAGAGCAAAGAAUGUGCAUUGUAGGAAACGUUGAAGAAGUUUGUCGAGUUUGCUUGGCUGUUGGUGAAUUGGAGCCAUUAGCGGAUUCUAGUGUAUAUUCCACAUACCAACUACUCCUUCAUUCUUUUAAUUGUAAGAGUGAUAGUGAACUACUCAAAAAUAUUUGCAAACAUUGCAUAAAAGAGUUGGAGGGAAUUUCUUCUUUCAUAACCAAAUUCAAAAAAAGUUGCAGUAUAUUGAGCACAAUUCAGGAAUAUGAAAAAGGAUCACAUCCAAUUUCUGAAGACAAGGUGAAUCAUCAUGAAACAUCUACAGAACAUUCAAAUGAUUCAGAUGAAUCUCCCAAAAACAAUAUUGAAGAAAUAAUUAUUGAUUCUCAGGAUUAUCAAGAUCAAGCAGACUUUAGUGAAAAUGAGGAAGAGGAAAGCAUUACUAAUGCUCCACUGCCAAGACUUACAAUAUACCCUAAAAACCAAAAAAAUAAGCUUCAGCCAAUUAUCCAUGCAAAAUCACAUAAAAUACCAGCUUAUUCUUGCAGCAUUUGUGGUCAAAGUUUUUUGAGUAAAAAAUCUUUGGAUAUGCAUUCAGCUCUUCAUACAGAAGAUGAUCAUGAAGUAAAUGAAAUUAUACAACUUGGAGUUGACAAGAAAACUGCAUUAGAUAAGCCCUCAGAUAAGCCAUAUGUUUGUAAUGUAUGUGGUAAAGGUGUAUGUGCGAUCGACUAUUGUAAAAUGUGUGAAAAUAGAACUCAUACUUUAUGUCAGUAUGAGAAAGGACCAGGCACAUCCUGUUUUGAUUACCAUAAAAUAGAUUUAACAGAUCAACUGAAAAACUACAUUGUCGAUAUCCACAACGAUAUAAGAAAUCACGUAGCUUCCGGCCACGAGUUAAAAGGAAGACUUGGAAGUCAGCCCCCUGCAUCUAAUAUGAACCAACUGGUAGAUUCAUCUCCAAACCAUACAAAAAUGGUACCCUCUAUUAUACUAUCUGAUGAAAGUUUUGAGCUGUACCAACCAUCAGAUCAAUCUCCAUGUUUCAUAACUUCUGAAGGUGUUAUACAAUCGGAUUUGAAUUCUUGCAUUGAAUCGCUUGGAGAUCUUGUGACGCUCGCUCAGAAAUCUAUGGAUGAAAUUUACUUUUCAACAGUAAUCCCGACAACGACAUUGAGUCAUUUUCUAAGAAAUAUUACAGUUCAUAUACCUCAUCAGAAAACCGAAAAGUCCUCUACAAAUAGUAAAAUUAUUGAUAAUAACGCGAAAGUUAUCAAUAUGAGGAAUAAUAUCAAAAAUAUUGGACAUGAUGCGGAAGUUUCAAAAAAGAAAAUGAGUUAUCAUGAAAGUGAGCUUUAUAGACUAGAAAACUUGAAUGAAGGCAUGGAGUCAUAUCACCAUCAGAAGCAGCAUAAGUAUGAAGACUUCAACACCAGACACCCUAUCAAGGUCAAUGAUGAAGAAGUAGAGUUUCCCAACAAUGUAAGAUUCAAGAGGGCUAUGGGCAAAUGGCAUGAUGGUCACUGUAGGUGUAACAGAAUAUAUAGGUCUUCAUUUGCUGUGCAUAGAUUCCAACAAACCCUAUUAAUAUUUACCUGUUUUCUCAAUAUGGUAUAAUAAAUAUGUUGAAUAACAUGUCUUGUUAUUUCUCUAUAGAUUUUAGUCAUACAUCUUUCAACUCUACCAUUUUCUUUCUUACUUCUUUCAAAUCUUCCAACAACACAUCUGCUGUAUGUGGUGUUAGGGUGACUGUAUUGGUUUUUCCAUUAACAGUCAAAUCUAGCAGUACAAAACCCAAAUCUUGAUCCAGUCUCAUAUCAAAAUUUUCUAAAGCAUUAACACACAGUGACAUAUCUCCAAAUUUCUUGGUAAGGUUUGUGAUGUGCUCAUCUACAAUUUUCUUAAUAGAUGUGCUGUGCUCUCUGGGCAAUCCAAGUUGUUGAAGUUCACUUUGCAAUGCAUUACUAUCACAGCUAAAACGUGUUGUUGAAGAUAAUAUGUAUGACAGACAGGCUAUGCAGGCCUUUAAAUCAACUUCUGCAUCUAAUUUGGAUUCAGAAAAGAGUUUUUGUGCUUUUUCCACAUCUAUGGGUGGAUUGGUCAGUCCUUUUGCUACUAACUGAGCAAGAACUUUCAGUUUCACAGAUGAUACUUUAGAAAGAGUAUUAAUCUCCACCAAAACCCAAUCUGGGCAGUCAGCAUCACCA